CAUCUCACAGGUAGUAAGAGGCAAGUAUCAGUAGAGUUAUUUCUUUACUCCACUGGCUCCUUCCCUGUGUCUCUAAGGACACUAUGUCACGUCCAAGAAGAGGGUGACUAGUGCUUCAGCACCACUGACUCCCAACAGGCCGACAUGGGCACUCUUCCCAGAGAUGGAUGUUUUGGUCACUCACCCCACCCCCAACCAUAGCCAGUCUUCAACUUCCACAGGCUCACCUGUUCCUGCAGUAAUGUCUUCCCAGCAGCAGCAGCAGCAGUGCCCGCCCCAGAUGGCCCAGCAGCAGCAGGUGAAGCAGCCCUGUCAGCCACCCCCUGUCAAGUGUCAAGAGACGUGUGCACCCAAAACUAAGGAUCCAUGUGCUUUCCAGGGCAAGAAGCAAUGCCCACCCAAGAACACAGCCAUACAAGCCCAGCAAAUGUGUCCCUCAGCCCAGCAAGCCCCCAAGAGUAAACAGAAGUAAGGAUGGACCAAGAUACACCUCUCCACCACCCAGGCUACCAGAUGGAGCCUUCUCUUCCUCCAGCUCCUCUUCCACCCACCCCCAGCUCCAGGAUUUGCCCUUCUCUCCCACAUCCUCCUACCCGGGGUCCAAUGAAGCGCUGUCAGGAUUUCUUCCCACUGAGCCUCUCAUCACACACACUCCCUUGCUCCCAGUCUUCUUCUAUACCCCACUCUGAUGUUCUUCUAGGUGAACAUGAGAGAGGUCUCAGCCUCUCCAGCCUCCAGUCUGGCCACAGCUAUGGCCCCAUCCAUGUCACAAAGCAAGGAAUAUAUCUGGGCUUCUUCUGGGCUUCCACCAUGACUCACGGGGACACCAGAAGCUGAGGCACAGCUUUUACUUCAUUCCCUUCCCCAACUCCCCACCCCUGAGCUUCCCCCUGUUUCUUCCUCUAAUAAAUCUGUGCUUCAUGUC